ACAGCACCUGUUACGCUUACAUGCAAUAAAAAUCCCGUGCUCAGGGAAACGGGCAGCUUUCGUGCCACCGUCGGACGAGAAUCCAAUAUCAAGGCCACACCCCAGUACCCCUGGAUAUAGAUGAGUUGCCUUCUUUACGAAGGACCAAUGUGCAUAAGUAUAUGCUGGCCUCGCUUGUCACAAUAUGUGGUGGCCGAUCGCGUCCCGUCGCUUGGUAAUUAUUACCUAUGUGGGUACCUUACUCCACGGGAUUGUUCUGUGGGGGGUGGAGAGAAGGGGUAUAACGGAAAACAAGAUCUUGGUUUCCUCUUUGUUGUGCGUGAGUGCCAGCUGGCGUGUGUGUAUGGUGUUUGUCGUCGAUAUCGUAAUGCAUUCUUCCAUUUCAUUUUGCCGCCUCUCCUCCCUCCGCUGGGGGUUCUUUCUCUUCUAUCAGUAGAGCCGAUUCGUCGGCCGCAUCCCGCCGAUGAGGCCUGCUUUCGUGGCGCGAGGACGCGUUUGCACAUUCAGCCAUCCGCCCCGUCUGUCAUACCAAGAUGCUCAUCCGUACCCAAUAUUCGAUACGUUGGGAGAGUUACGAGCUCCCUAGGCAGAAACCCGUCGGCUGGCGGCGGGGGGAUGAUGGACUCGGAUUUUUUUUUUUUUUUUAAAAAAAAAAAAAAAAAAAAAAAAAACUUACUUCCCGCGCAUGCUCUUCCCGAUCCCCUUUUCGUUGCCUGCAGAGAAGCGUACCCAACUGUGCGGGAGUGCCUACCCCAUGCAGCCGCCUCGCUCCUGUCUGUUCCGGCCAAUAUUAUAUGUGGUGUUGCGCAUGCAACACGGUGGCGGCGCCCUGGGGAGAGGGCUUGCAUUGUGGCAUUCACCACUUGAUCCUCUCCGAGCUGUAAGAGAUAUGAUUGACAGAAACCACUUGCCGAGCCAAUGACUGCAUGUAGGAAGCGAGGACAAUGGUGCACGGUGAGAGCGAGGCUCGGGAAAGAGAGGGGUCUUCAUGUGUGGAUCUUUGGGAGGUUGGCCACAGCCCGAGAGAGUUAUAGUAUCUGGAUUUCUGUCGUUGAACGUAGGAGCGAGCGGUCAUCGGUAAAGAUGCGUAGGGAUGUCAGCAAACAUGCAAUACCAUUCCAAUUUACGAGCAACUGAAGCAGGCCAAGAUGAAUUCA